AUGGGCUAUAAGGAAGGAGAAGGUUUAGGUAAAUUCGGUCAAGGAAAUGCCUCCGUCGUCAAUCCACAGGUAAAUACAGGUAGAGGAGGUCUCGGAACAAUUGAUGAAACCUCUAACUUGUCGAAUGUUGUCGAAAGUAGUGAUGGAACUUAUAAAUUACCUUCAAAUUUUCAAGUUCAAAGACAUGAAGCUGAUCCAAAGAUUUAUAGUCAUAAGGAAGAAUUUGAAUGGAUUGCAUGCAAGGAGGAAAAUAGAAAAAUCUACUCUGGACCAAAUGAUCCAAUUUACAAAAUUGUCAAACCAGAGAGUGAUAAUUUGGAUCCAUCCAAAAUGGCACCAAACGAUGCUAAUGAAGGACAAAAUCCAUUCAUUGAUCCUGAAAUUAUGAAAUCCAUUUUCAAAACAAAAGCAGACUUUGAUGAUUUACCACCGAAAAUAUUCCUCGAUGCAAGAUUGAGAUCUAAUCCAUAUGAAAAAAUUGGUAAAUCAAUCUUUCAAAAUAGAGCUGCUGUAAAAUUGGCUAAUAUUGAUUUAGUAACAGAUUUGACCAGUGAAACAUCCUUGCCAAGACUUGUAGAAGAAAAUGGCGUUCUCUAUUUUGCAGAUAUUUGUGCUGGUCCAGGUGGUUUUACAGAAUAUUUAUACUAUAGAUAUAAAACCUCUAAAGCUAAGGGUUGGGGUUUCACGCUUAAGAAUGAUAAGGAUGAUUGGAAGUUGGAAAAAUUCAAUAAUGAAUCUCCAUGUUCAAACUUUGAGUUAAAUUAUGGUGUGGAUGGCACAGGUGACAUUACCAAAAAUGAAAAUAUGCUUUGUCUUGAUGAUGCUGUAAAUAGAGGAACAAAUAAUAGAGGAUUGGCACUUGUGACUGCUGAUGGAGGAUUUUGUGUUGAUGGUGUUGAGAACUCUCAAGAAUACUUGACACAACAAUUAGUUCUUUGCCAAUUUUUGACUGCUCUUCUUACUUUGAGAAAGGGGGGAUGUUUUGUUUGCAAAUUAUUCGAUUUGAAUACCUGGUUUUCUGCCUCUCUGAUAUAUGUCAUGUAUCAAUACUUUGAAAAGGUUACCAUUUUCAAACCAUUUUCAUCGAGACCAGCAAACUCUGAAAGAUACAUUGUUUGCAAGGGAAUGACAGAAAGAAAGCCUGAAAUUAUCAAGUUUCUUCUCCAAGCCAAUACCAGACUUUCUGAACGGAAACCAAUCAAAUCACUUGUUGAUUGUGAUGUAAUGACUUCUGAUAAGGAAUUUGCUCAAUUUAUGACCACCUCUAAUAAUACCUUCUCAGAAAAUCAAGAUUAUAAUUUGAAACGAUUGAAAAUGGCAAUUGAAGAUAGGUAUAUUGAUAUUAAGGAUCUUCAAUACCAACUUCAACAAUCAUGUCUAAAAGAGUGGAAUUUACCUGAAUCAAGAUCCAGAUCGUAUAAUAAGAGAUCUUAUGAUAAUUAUAGAGGUAAUAGGUCAUAUGACAGAGACAGGAAUUAUAGUGGUGGACGUGGAGGUUAUGGUGGAAAUCGUGAUAACAACAGAUAUGAUAACAGAAAUAAUGAUAGCAGAUAUGAUAGACAUGACAGAAGGGAUAACAAUGAUUAUUACAACAAUAAUGGUAGAAGCAAUAAUAGUCGUAACUAUGGAAGAGUAAAUAAUCAUGACGACAGAUAUGAAAGAAGAGAUUCCCAUCAUUCAAAUUCAUACAGAAAUGACAGACAUUACAGAUAA